CCCGAGAUGAAGCUCACACACUCUCUUCUCUGUCUGUUGAUGGUUGUGUCCUCUGCCUUGUCAGAGGAUACAGAUACAGAUACAGUAGUAAACCCAAGAGGUGCCCGUCCUGUUGAACACGGAUACAAGGCUCAGGACACCUGUCAGACAAAAGAAUGGCCGAUGUGUACAGAUGAUGACUGGGAAAGCAAAUGUCCAUCUGGCUGUCGAGUGCAAGGCCUGAUAGACAAAGCCGAUCAUGAUCUGGUCAAAAAGAUUGAGAAGAUUCGCCGUCUUCUGGACGAGGGCAAACGAAUGUACAGCUCCGCCGAUAAAGUCUCCAAGACGACUUACAGUUACCUUAGAGAACGCCUUACCCUUGACGCAGGUAACGAUAACAGAUAUGCAACGUUGGCCGAACAACUGAGGCAGAGGAUUUCUGAGAUCAAGAUUAAAAUUGACCGCCAGCUUAGGGUACUGGACGCUUUGAAGGCACGGGUCAAAGACCAAGUUGUCGCAAUGCAGCGAUUGGAGGUGGACAUUGAUAUCAAGCUGCGAACCUGCAAGGGCUCUUGCUCAAGCUACAAUGAGUUCACGGUUGACAAGGAAAGCUACGUGCAACUAGACAAACAAAUGGAUAAUCUGAACGCUUUGCACGGACAGAGCGUAGAGACCGUCAGUUCCCUGAGUGUCAUGAAGAGCAGGCCCUUGAAGGACGUUGUGUUGCCCAACAUUUACAAGUUAGCAGCCGGCCCGACCAAAACCGAGCAGAAGCUUCUCUUUGGAGACGUGGGUCAGUUGCAGCUUUCUCUGGAAGCCGAAGGUUCCACUGCGGCAUCCGCCGCCACCGUUAGCAAGAUCCCCACAGGUACGGACUCCUCCACACACAUCCUUCAAUGCUCCAAGUCGGUGCGCAAGACGGUAACGCACACCAAAGACGGCCCCGUGGAGAAGCUCGAGAUUAUAGGCGGCGGGCCCGGGUGUGAAGACUUAGGAAAGCUCGGAGUUUCAGAUCAAGAUUUUUUGGCCGCGGCCAACGAAGGGAAGGAUCUGAGUCGUGACGGCGUGAAGAUAACCGUGACACGCGGAGACGAAAGGUCUAUCACGACUCUGAACCACGGUACCGAUGAUCUAGGCGGAUUCGGCGAAGACUUCUUUAAGGGACUCGGCACUGAUACCCAAAAGUUAUCCUCAUCGUCGUCCACCUCCAGCUCCACUUCAAAAACAAGUUUGACAGGUGGAAGCAAAACGUCCACGAAGACUGUCUUAUCUAGCGACGUCGAUUUCGGGGAUGACUUGGGGGCGUUCUUGCGCAGCGAUGUGGAAGAAGACCUUCCCGAUAUCCACGCGCGGAGUCUGAAAACGCACGACGAGCGCAAGACUGCCGUUGUUGGUGAAGAUUGCUUUGACAUCCAGCAGAAGCAUGCGCAUGGCAGUCAGAGCGGCCUGUUCAAAAUAAAGCCGUCCGGGUCGGAGGAAAUUGUAGUUUACUGCGACCAGAGCACAGGGUUGGGUGGCUGGACUCUGGUUCAGCAGAGGGAGGACGGGUCUGUUAACUUCAAUCGCACUUGGAAGGAGUAUCAAGCUGGUUUCGGCAAAGUAGACCAGCAGGGUAGGGGUGAGGUCUGGAUUGGGAACAAGCUCUUACACCUUCUCACUCAGAAGCAGAGCGUUCUGAGAGUCGAGUUGCAGGAUUGGGAUGGGAACGAGGUGUACGCCGAGUACAACGUUAAAGUUGGCUCGGAGGCGGAAGGAUUCGCGAUGAGCGUUUCCGAGUACACGGGCGACGCAGGUGAUGCAUUGGUGCAGGGACAGCCUAAUAUGAAAAACUUCCUGUCACAUGCUGGAAUGAAGUUUAGCACUUUUGAUAAGGAUAAUGACCGAUGGGAAGAGAACUGUGCGGAGAUGUAUGGCGGUGGAUGGUGGUACAAUAACUGCCAGUCGGCCAACCUCAAUGGGAUUUAUUAUAAGGGUGGCCAGUACGAUCCUGGCACCAAGGUUCCGUAUGAGAUUGAAAAUGGUAUUGUGUGGCUGCUUUUCAAACCAGCUGAUUACUCCCUCAAAGUAGUGAGAAUGAAGGUCAGACCCGUCUAAAAACUUGAAAGAGAUACAGAAGAUGUAAACAGUGGUGGUGGGUGCAGUUUUGAAUGAUUAUUAUCAGUAUUCUGCUUGGCUUAAUGUAAAUUCAUAAUGUUGCAAUGUCAA